ACGGUUUUAAGGGAGUGCUAGAGUUUUGUAAAACACUGACUGCAGGCUACGGCUUUACUGCAGCGAUGUCUCUCUGAUCCGUCAAGAUACAAGAAAACCUGAGGACUCGGGUGAAACAUCUGCUGUAAACAUGGACACCACGGGAGCCAAAGUGCUGGAGACGGCCGAGGACAUCCAGGAGCGCCGGCAGCAGGUCCUGGACCGCUACCGCCGCUUCAAGGAUCUGUCCAUCAUGCGGCGGCAGAAACUGGAGGAUUCUUACCGCUUCCAGUUUUUCCGCCGCGACGCCGACGAGUUGGAGAAAUGGAUCCAGGAAAAGCUCCAGAUCGCUUCUGACGAGAACUACAAGGACCCCUCGAACCUGCAGGGUAAGCUGCAGAAACACCAGGCCUUCGAAGCGGAAGUGCAGGCGAACUCUGGCGCCAUCGUCAAACUGGACGACACAGGGAACCUGAUGAUCAGCGAGGGCCAUUUCUCCUCCGACACCAUCCGGACUCGUCUGGAGGAGCUGCACCGCCUGUGGGACCUGCUGCUGCAGAAAACCAAGGAGAAAGGCCUGCGCCUGCUCCAGGCCCAGAAACUGGUGCAGUACCUGCGCGAGUGUGAGGACGCGCUGGACUGGAUCAGCGACAAGGAGGCCAUCGCCACCUCCGAGGAGCUGGGUCAGGACCUGGAGCACGUGGAGCUGCUGCAGAAGAAGUUUGAGGAGUUCCAGACGGACCUGGCGGCCCACGAGGAGCGCGUGAAUGAGGUCAACCAGCUGGCGGCCAAGCUGCACCAGGAAUCUCACCCGGAGGCCGAGCUCAUCGCCCGCAAGCAGGAGGAGGUGAACGCGGCCUGGCAGCGGCUGAAGGGCCUCGCGCAGCAGAGGCAGGCCAGGCUGUUCGGCUCCGCAGAGGUGCAGCGCUUCAACAGGGACGUGGACGAGACCAUCAGCUGGAUCAAGGAGAAGGAGCAGCUCAUGGCCUCCGACGACUUCGGCCGAGACCUGGCCAGCGUGCAGGCUCUGCUGCGCAAACACGAGGGUCUGGAGAGAGAUCUGGCCGCUCUGGAGGACAAGGUUAACGCCCUGGGUGGAGACGUGGAGCGGCUGCAGCAAACUCAUCCUCAGAACGCUUCCCAGAUCCAUCUGAAGAAGGAUGAGCUCAUCACCAACUGGGAGCAAAUCCGUACUCUGGCGGCCGAGCGCCACACCCGCCUCAACGACUCCUACCGGCUGCAGCGUUUCACCGCAGACUUCAGGGACCUGACCAGCUGGGUGACGGAGAUGCAGGCUCUGAUCAACGCCGACGAGCUGGCCAAUGACGUGGCCGGAGCCGAGGCUCUGCUGGACCGACACCAGGAACACAAGGGAGAAAUUGAUGCCCAUGAGGAUAGUUUUAGAGCCACGGACGAAGCUGGCCGGGCCUUGCUGAGCACCGGACACUACGCGUCCGAGGAGGUCAAGGAAAAGCUGUCCGUCCUCUCUGAGAAGAAGGAGUCUCUGCUGGAGUUGUGGGAGGUUCGCCGGCAGCAGUACGAGCAGUGCAUGGACCUGCAGCUCUUCUACCGGGACACGGAGCAGGUCGACAACUGGAUGAGCAAACAAGAGGCUUUCCUGCUGAACGAAGACCUCGGAGACUCCCUGGACAGCGUGGAGGCCUUGCUGAAAAAGCAUGAGGACUUUGAGAAGUCACUUAGUGCCCAAGAGGAAAAAAUCACUGCUCUGGAUGAAUUUGCCACCAAACUGAUUCAGAACAACCACUACGCCAAGGAGGACGUGGCGAUGCGGCGAGACGCUCUGCUGAGCCGCCGUAACGCGCUGCAUGAGCGCGCUCAGUCCCGCCGCACCGCCCUGGAGGACUCGUUCCUGCUGCAGCAGUCCUGCAGGGACUCAGACGAGCUCAAGAGCUGGAUCAAUGAGAAGAUGAAGACGGCCACGGACGAGUCUUACAAGGAUCCGUCCAACCUGCAGGGCAAAGUGCAGAAACACCAGGCCUUCGAGGCGGAGCUGUCGGCCAACCAGAGCCGCAUUGACGCCCUGCAGAAGUCCGGCCAGGACCUGCUGGACGGGAAGCAUUACGCCUCCGACGAGGUGGCCGGACGCAUGGAGGAGGUCAGCUCGCAGUGGAAGAAGCUGCUGGAGGCAACGGAGCUCAAAGGCAUCAAGCUGCGCGAGGCGAACCAGCAGCAGCAGUUCAACAGGAACGUGGAGGACAUCGAGCUGUGGCUCUACGAGGUCGAGGGCCACUUGGCCUCCGACGACUACGGCAAAGACCUGACGAGCGUCCAGAACCUGCAGAAGAAGCACGCGCUGCUGGAGGCCGACGUGGCUGCUCACCAGGAUCGGAUUGAUGGCAUAACAAUCCAGGCGCGCCAGUUUCAGGAAGCGGGACACUUUGACGCCGACAACAUCCGCAAAAAGCAGGAGGCUCUGGUGGCUCGUUACGAGGCGCUGCGCGAGCCCAUGGCCGCGCGCAAGCAAAAGCUGUCGGACUCGCUGCGGCUACAGCAGCUGUUCAGGGACAUCGAGGACGAGGAGACGUGGAUCCGGGAAAAAGAGCCGAUCGCCGCCUCCACGAACAGAGGCAAGGACCUUAUUGGUGUCCAGAACCUGCUGAAGAAGCACCAGGCUCUGCAGGGGGAGAUCGGGGGCCACGAGCCCCGAAUCAAGGCCGUCACUCAGAAAGGAGAGGCCAUGGUGGAGGAAGGCCACUUUGCCGGCGAGGAGGUGAAGUCUAAGCUGUCUGACCUGCACGGACGCUGGGACUCGCUGAAGAACAAGAGCUGCCAGAGACGGCAGGACCUGGAGGACUCGCUGCAGGCGCAGCAAUACUUCGCCGACGCCAACGAGGCAGAGUCCUGGAUGAGGGAGAAGGAGCCCAUCGUCAGCAGCCCCGACUACGGGAAGGACGAGGACUCGGCCGAGGCUCUGCUGAAGAAGCACGAGGCUCUGAUGUCGGACCUGAGCGCUUACGGCAGCAGCAUCCAGGGCCUGAAGGAGCAGGCCCAGUCCUGCAGGCAACAAGUGGCACCGACUGAUGACGAGACGGGGAAGGAGCUGGUUCUGGCGCUUUACGACUACCAGGAGAAAAGCCCGCGAGAAGUUACCAUGAAGAAGGGAGACGUCCUCACGCUGCUCAACAGCACCAACAAGGACUGGUGGAAGGUGGAGGUGAACGACAGGCAGGGCUUCGUUCCCGCCGCCUACGUGAAGAAGCUGGAUCCCACGCAGUCGUCAUCCCGGGAGAACCUGCUGGACGAACACGGCAGCAUCGCCACGCGCCAGGACCAGAUCGACAACCAGCAGGUCACCAAGGAGGCCUGCAGCGUGUCUGUGCGCAUGAAGCAGGUGGAGGAGCUGUACGGCACUCUGUUGGAGCUGGGGGAGAAACGCAAAGACAUGCUGGAGAAAAGUUGCAAGAAGUUCAUGCUGUUCCGCGAGGCCAACGAGCUGCAGCAGUGGAUCAACGAGAAGGAGAGCGCGCUCACCAACGAGGAGGUCGGCUCGGACCUGGAGCAGGUGGAGGUUCUGCAGAAGAAGUUUGACGACUUCCAGAAGGACCUGAAGGCCAACGAGUCCCGGCUGAGGGACAUCAACAAGGUGGCGUCGGAGCUGGAGUCUGAAGGCCUGAUGGCCGAGGACGCCCCCGUGGUGCAGGCUCAGCACCAAGAGCUGGUGGGCUCUGCUCCUGGCAAGGACGAAGCUGAUUCCAAGACGGCGUCGCCAUGGAAGACUGUACGCUUGGGUGUUCAAACAACGGCUAACUUUAAUACCAUCAAGGAGCUGAACAAUCGCUGGCGUUCCCUGCAGCAGCUGGCUGAAGAUCGCAGCAACAUGCUGGGCAGCGCGCACGAGGUGCAGCGGUUCCACAGGGAUGCCGAUGAAACCAAAGAGUGGAUCGAGGAGAAGAAUCAAGCCCUGAACACGGACAACUACGGCCACGACCUGGCCAGCGUGCAGGCUCUGCAGCGCAAGCACGAAGGCUUCGAGAGGGACCUGGCCGCGCUGGGCGAUAAGGUGAAUUCUCUCGGGGAGACGGCCGAGCGGCUGAUCCAGUCCCACCCUGAGGCCGUGGACGACAUCCAGGAGAAAUGCACGGAGCUGAACUCGGCCUGGAGCAGCCUGGUGGGCCGGGCCGACCAGCGCAAGGACAAGCUGGGAAACUCCCACGACCUGCAGCGUUUCCUCUCCGACUUCAGAGACCUUAUGUCCUGGAUUAACGGCAUCCGAGGACUGGUGUCGUCAGAGGAGCUGGCCAAAGACGUCACCGGAGCCGAGGCUCUUCUGGAAAGACAUCAGGAGCACCGGACGGAGAUCGACGCCCGCGCCGGAACCUUCCAGGCCUUCGAGCAGUUCGGCCAGCAGCUGCUGGCUCGCGGCCACUACGCCAGCCCGGAGAUCCAGCAGAAGCUGGAGGCUCUGGACCGGGAACGAGCCGACCUGGAGAAGGCCUGGGUUCAACGCCGCAUGAUGCUGGACCAGUGCUUGGAGCUGCAGCUCUUCAACAGGGACUGCGAGCAGGCGGAGAACUGGAUGGCGGCGCGCGAAGCCUUCCUGGCCAGCGACGACAAGGGCGACUCCCUGGACAGCGUGGAGGCCUUGAUCAAGAAACACGAGGACUUCGACAAGGCCAUCAACGUGCAGGAGGAGAAGAUCGCUGCUCUGCAGUCGUUUGCCGACCAGCUGAUCGGAGCCGAUCACUACGCCAGACCAGAGAUCCUGAACCGCCGCAACGAAGUCCUGGACAGGUGGCGGCGACUGAAGGCCAAGAUGAUCGAGAAGCGUUCCAAGCUCGGUGAGUCCCAGACGCUGCAGCAGUUCAGCCGCGACGUGGACGAGAUCGAGGCCUGGAUCAGCGAGAAGCUGCAGACGGCGAGCGACGAGUCGUACAAGGAUCCCACCAACAUCCAGCUGUCCAAGCUGCUGAGCAAACACCAGAAACACCAGGCGUUCGAGGCCGAGCUGCACGCCAACGCCGACAGGAUCCGCGGCGUCAUCGACACGGGAAACGCGCUGAUCCAGAGGGGAGGAUGUGCCGGCAGCGAGGACGCCGUCAAGGCCCGACUCAACGCUCUGGACGAGCAGUGGCAGUUCCUGGUCAACAAAUCUGCUGAGAAGAGCCAGAAGCUCAAGGAAGCGAACAAGCAGCAGAACUUCAACACCGGCAUCAAGGACUUCGACUUCUGGCUGUCCGAGGUGGAAGCGCUGCUCGCCUCCGAGGAUUACGGCAAAGAUCUGGCGUCGGUCAACAACCUGCUGAAGAAGCACCAGCUGCUGGAGGCCGACAUCUCUGCCCACGAGGACCGGCUGAAGGACCUGAACGGCCAGGCCGACAGCCUGAUGGCCAGCAACGCCUUCGACACGUCGCUGGUGAAGGACAAGCGCGACGCCGUCAACGGCCGCUUCGCUAAGAUCAAGAGCAUGGCGUCAGGCCGGCGCGCCAAGCUGAACGAGUCGCACAGGCUGCACCAGUUCUUCAGGGACCUGGACGACGAGGAGUCCUGGAUCAAGGAGAAGAAGUUACUUGUCGGGUCGGAGGAUUACGGACGUGAUUUGACGGGGGUUCAGAAUCUGAGGAAGAAGCACAAGAGGCUGGAGGCCGAGCUGGGAGCCCACGAACCCGCCAUCCAGUCGGUUCUGGACACGGGGAGGAAGCUGUCGGACGACAACACCAUCGGCCAGGAGGAGAUCCAGACGAGACUGGCCCAGUUCCAGGACCACUGGAAGGAGCUCAAGGACCUGUCGGGGGCCAGAGGACGGAGGCUGGAGGAGUCGCUGGAGUACCAGCAAUUCGUGGCCAACGUGGAGGAGGAAGAAGCUUGGAUUAAUGAGAAGUUGAACCUGGUGGGAAGCGACGACUACGGAGACACGCUGGCUGCUGUGCAGGGUUUGCUGAAGAAGCAUGAAGCGUUUGAGACGGACUUCACCGUCCACCGAGAUCGAGUCAACGACGUGUGUGCGAACGGCGAGGAGCUCAUCAAAAAGAACAAUCAUCACGUGGAUAACAUCAGCGCCAAGAUGACGGCGCUGCGAGGGAAGGUGUCGGAGCUGGAGCGAGCGGCGGCGCAGAGGAAGAGCAAGCUGGACGAGAACUCGGCCUUCCUGCAGUUCAACUGGAAGGCCGACGUGGUGGAGUCCUGGAUCGGUGAGAAGGAGAACAGCCUGAAGACGGACGAUUACGGCAGAGACCUGUCCUCCGUGCAGACCCUGCUCACCAAGCAGGAGACGUUUGACGCCGGCCUGCAGGCGUUCCAGCAGGAAGGAAUCAGCAACAUUACGGCUCUGAAGGACCAGCUUCUGGCGGCCGAGCACGUCCAGUCCACGGCCAUCCAGGCCCGGCACACCGCCCUGAUGAAGCGCUGGAACCAGCUGCUGGCAAACUCCGCCGCUCGCAAGAAGAAGCUGCUCGAGGCUCAAGAGCACUUCAGAAAGGUGGAGGAUUUGUUCCUGACCUUCGCCAAGAAGGCGUCGGCCUUCAACAGCUGGUUUGAGAAUGCGGAGGAGGACCUGACGGACCCGGUGCGGUGCAACUCCCUGGAGGAGAUCCGGGCGCUGCGCGAGGCCCACGAGGCUUUCCGGGCCUCGCUGAGCUCGGCCCAGGCCGACUUCAACCAGCUGGCCGAGCUGGACCGGCAGAUCAAGAGCUACCAGGUGGUGUCGAACCCGUACACCUGGUUCACCAUGGAGGCCCUGGAGGAGACGUGGAGGAACCUGCAGAAGAUCAUCAAGGAGCGCGAGCAGGAGCUGCAGAAGGAGCAGAGGAGGCAGGAGGAGAACGACAAGUUGCGGCAGGAGUUUGCGCAGCAUGCUAACGCCUUCCACCAGUGGCUGCAGGAGACCAGGACGUACCUUCUGGACGGGUCGUGCAUGGUUGAAGAGUCGGGAACGCUGGAGUCUCAGCUGGAGGCCACCAAGCGUAAGCACCAGGAGAUCCGCGCCAUGCGCAGCCAGCUGAAGAAGAUCGAGGACCUCGGCGCCGCCAUGGAGGAGGCUCUGAUCCUGGACAACAAGUACACGGAGCACAGCACGGUGGGCCUGGCCCAGCAGUGGGACCAGCUGGACCAGCUGGGGAUGAGGAUGCAGCACAACCUGGAGCAGCAGAUCCAGGCCCGAAACACCACGGGAGUGACGGAGGACGCGCUGAAGGAGUUCAGCAUGAUGUUCAAACACUUCGACAAGGAGAAGUCUGGUCGUCUGAACCACCAGGAGUUCAAGUCGUGCCUGCGCUCGCUGGGCUAUGACCUGCCCAUGGUGGAGGAAGGAGAACCCGACCCCGAGUUCGAGGCCAUUCUGAACACCGUCGACCCCAACAGGGACGGCAACGUGUCGCUGCAGGAAUACAUGGCCUUCAUGAUCAGCCGCGAGACAGAGAACGUCAAGUCCAGCGAGGAGAUCGAGAGCGCCUUCCGGGCCCUGAGCACCGAGAACAAGCCCUACGUCACCAAAGAGGAGCUUUACCAGAACCUGACCAGGGAGCAGGCCGACUACUGCCUGUCGCACAUGAAGCCCUACCUGGACAGCAAGGGCCGCGAGCUGCCGUCCGCCUUCGACUUCGUCGAGUUCACGCGCUCGCUCUUCGUCAACUGAUCCCCUGGCUUCCCCCAGUGACCAAUCGGGAUGCGUUUCCCCCCACACACACUCCUAUGCUAACACACAGCUGAAACUGCAUGAUUGUUGCACUAGAAAUACUCACUAUCUGUAAUAUCUAUUUAUCUCACUGCGACCGUGUGGUUGUGAAACUUAUCUGCUUCUGAAUGUGACUGUUUUUAGCUGCUUUAGCUCUGCUUUUAUUGGAUUUAAGAAUGGUGACAUUGUCGUAACAACAACUCUAACAGCUGCAGUGUGCUUUAAUAAACGCUACUGGUUAUAACUGGAAACUUGUCGUCUUGUUUUUAUUCAUGACACACAAAACAAAUCUAAUCCGUCACCUCGCUGGCGAUCUGAUCCAGUUGGCUUUUUUGGGGUUUUUUGGGCUUACAAUUUUGAGAAAAAAGUCGAAAUGUCGAGAAAAAAGUUGAAAUGUCGAGAAAGUCGAAAUGUCGAGAUUAAUGUUGAAGUACAGUUUUGAGAAAAAAGUCAAAAUGUUGAGAAAGUCGAAAUGUCGAGAUUGUUAAAAUACAAUUUUGAGAAAAAAGUCGAAAAAAAAAAAAUAAAGUCGAAAUGUCGAGAUUAAUGUUGAAGUACAAUUUUGAGAAAAAAGUCGAAAUGUCGAGAAAAAAGUCGAAA